AAGAACUGAAAUGAAAUUUAUUAAUAAUAAUAAUAAUGUUUUUAGAUAAUUUGCAUAACCAAACCAUUUUACCCAUAAUAUGGAAGCAUUAUGUGGAAAAGUACAGCAAGGACCACGUUCAAAGUUAUGUACGAUGUGCGUAUCAGGAUGCGCUACUCUGCUUAUCCUGGGAAAGAUUUGUUCCGGAAUUAGAAGAUUUGCAUAGAAUAAAUGAACUCAUAGAAAGUAAAAUUUCCGACAAUAUUACAUUUGUCAGCAAAAUUUUUGUAAAAGUUUCCUGGAUACAAGUAAUCGAGAACUCUCUGAGAAAUGUAACAGACAGCAGGGAAAAUACUUAUGUUUUACAUGAGUUAAGUACAUUAAUCAUGAAGCUAGCUUGGGAACCAGUAAUUCAAGAAAAAGGGAAUCUACUGGAUAUAUUAAAAUUUGCUGAAUCCUGUCCCUGGUAUUCUUUUGACGUAGUGACAUUAGCCGAAGUUGUGGAUAUUUUUGUGAACAAGUGCAAUCCAGAUUGCAUUUUGAAAGGAACACAAAAUAACAGUACAGAUCAAAUAUUGUUAAAAUUCUUGAGAUUUAUGACAUGCAUGGAACCCAAUGAAGAACUUGUUCAUCACCAAACCUUGUAUCACAGACAGCUGUAUGUAAGUACCUACAUACGGUUAAUAAAAAUAUGUUCGGAACAGCAUCAACAUCUCCUUCAAAUUUCAUCAGUAUUGCAUGAUUGUUUACGUAAUCUAAUACAACAGAUUUACCAUGCUGUCAAUUAUAAUGUUAAAAGCCAAGAAAAAUUCUCUCAGAGUUCUCAAUUGAUGACAAAAGUGCUGAGCAUUUUCAACGAAGCAUCUAGAAUAGAACUACGACAAAUAUUGAUUCAAGCACUUAUUAAGUGGUUAAAUGAAAAUCCCAAGAACCAUCUUAUCCUUCCUUGUCUGUCUGCAGCUUCUAGAUCUCUAUCGAACAUGUCUUAUUUGGUCCAGAUUGCCGAAUGUUGCAUCGCUCAAUAUUUCUCUUCUAGUCAUUAUUCAAUUCAAGACACAUUGAAAUAUUUGACAACUUACCUCGUCAUAUCUAAAUCAUUAGAAGAAGAAUUUAUUCAAACCUGUGAAGAUAAUUUAUCAUAUCUUUCUCUCUAUGUUUACCUGAUUGGUUCUCUAAAUGACGAUCAGUGUGAUAUAACCAAAGAAUCUAAAAUUUUAGACGACGUGGUCGAGUGGAAUCGACCAAAUUAUCGUCAAAUAAGCAAUGACUACGAAGCCAAAUUGAUUCUUCUUUGGGACAUAAUAUUGGCCAUGUGCCUCAGACAAUUAGCUCAUGGCAAACAGUUGGUUGCAAAGAUUGCUCUUGAGAAAUUCAGCAAAAAGUUAAUUGAAUUUGGAAAAGAAGGUUCCAUUCUUAGCAAGGUUUUUAAAAGCCCUCCAUCAUUUAGUACUCAGUUCAGGUUUAUGUGCAGAGUGAUGGCAGCUUUCAUUACGGUGCAAGUUCCCGAAGAAGGAAACAUCAGAGUGGAGUCAUACGCUUCGGGACAUGUAGUGUACAACUCCGGUCCCUGUACAGCUACUGAAGAAAAGUGUGUACCUAGUCUCUUGGCACAAGAAAGUGUCAAACAACUGAACUAUCUUUCAAAGAACAAAAGCUACGGCGGGUUGAGGGAACAAAUAGACGAGGCCUUAAAUAUCGUCAACAAUGCCGAAUUCAGUUUUGUAAAUAGCAGAGAAGUUUUGAAGAAAUUUGCCAAAAUUCUUUACGAUUUUCACCAACACAAAUUUCUUCUCUUGUUGACCGAAGAAGUUUAUUUAAAAAAGUAACAUUUCAUAAAGUUUUUAAUAAAU